CACACAGACUCAGUUUUCUGGCAGUAGUAGUUCGCGUUCGGCCGGUCAACCGCUCGCGCGAGUGUCGUUAUCAUUUUCUCCGACGCACACACACUUCAUGAACGUUUCACAUCAAACUGUCGGUUUAAUUGCUCACGACUGCUGUCGCUAUUGAAUUACUUAAGUCGACCGUAAACGUUAUUGGCGAAACAGCGGGGCCAAAAAAAAAAUCAUCUUAAGUAAUUUGUGUAAGUUCGUGUACAAAACUGAACAUGGUGAGCUUCAACAAGCUAUGCCAUAUCAUGUCCACCGCCAUGAAAAUCGUUGGAUCAGUGAACGUCUAAUGCAAUUUUUUCGUCGAAUCGACAGAAAUUGAUGGGCGAUAGGCGGUUUGAAAAAGACUUGCCACCAGCCGGCAUACGUUUUGACCUGUACUAGCCACUCAUCACAAAGGGGGUAUGGCAUAAAAAAGGAUACUCAGAAAGAGAACACUCGGAUAACGAGCGACAAUAUAAACACUUACGAGAAAAAGGAGCAGACCAAACCUCUAAGAUCACAAAAAUCAUGAGUUAUAUUUGGUGGAAAGACUUUCGGAGAAAGCGCCCACCGCCAGAUAGGCAAACAUGGCGGAAAUUUGACUGCGGCCAACAGCCAAUCGCCAUACCAAUGUCGAUUAUUGUUAGCCAUCUCUCGCUUGUCUGUAUUACCUAAUGUGUUGCCUGAAUUGACGCUCAAAAAAAAAAGAAAAAAAGCGGUGACGUGGAUCAAAUUACUGCAUUGGUACCCAAAAUGGAUGUAGCCGAUGUAAAUCUUUCUAACCUCUCGGGGGUACUGUAUAAAGUCGUUCAAAACGAAUUUGGUUUGUUGGUUGAUCAGAACGUUACAAAUUAUUUCAAUGACACGAAUGGAACUUUUAAUCCAAACCGGACGUACUACAUUUUUGAAUCGGUGUAUCCAUCGACUUAUUCCGUGCCAGAAAUCGUUAUUGCGUCUAUUGUAGUUAUAAUGCUCAUGAUCGUUGUUGUUGUGGGAAAUAUGCUAGUUAUCAUAGCUAUUGUCACGGAAAAAGCACUGAAAAAUGUUCAAAACUGGUUCAUUGCCAGCUUGGCAGUGGCUGAUUUUUUUUUGGGACUUAUCGUCAUGCCCUUUUCGUUGGCCAAUGAGUUGAUGGGGUACUGGAUAUUUGGCGAUUGGUGGUGUGAUAUACAUGCAGCUCUUGACGUCCUAUUGUGUACUGCGUCUAUUAUGAACUUGUGCCUUAUCGCAUUGGACAGGUACUGGUCUAUUACUCAAGCGGUAGACUACUUGAAGAAGCGAACACCAGCCCGUGCCAUAAUAAUGAUUGGGUUUGUAUGGAUAUUCAGUGGGGUAAUUUGUAUCCCACCGUUACUCGGUUGGAAAGUCAAGAGGGUACCGGAGCGGUAUCCAAAAUGCGAGCUUAACAAAGAUCUGGGUUAUCGGAUAUACUCUGCCCUCGGCUCUUUCUACAUACCUUCGUGCAUCAUGGUGUUUGUGUACAUCCGGAUAUACUUUGCCGCCAAAGCGAGAGCACGCCGGGGCAUCCGGAAGCCGCCAUCAAAACCGAAGAACAAGAGCAAAACGACAGGCAAGAGCGGCGGGGGUGGACUGAACAGCCCUUCCGCGUUGUCGCAGACCACCAGUUUCAUUACCAAACCGGGUACAGUUACGGUGGCCGGAUCGUCUCGUUCGUCGCCACCGGCAACGCCGGUGACCAACACGUUGCCGGUGAUAGCGUGCGACUACGCGAGCGAUGCGAGCACGAGCGACGUCAGCAAGGAUGGCGACAAAGACACGCUGAAAGUGUUCACUACGCAAGGUAGUCGCCGGCUAACGGUGAACGGAGACAUCGCCGCCACCGGCGGUGGCCGAUGUCGGGCGCCCAGCGUGGGCGUUGACGCGGACAUGGUCAGCGAGCUGGACCCGUCGUCGUCCGAUUCGGGCAACGUGCAGAAAUGCGGCGUAGUCAAACCGGUCAAGGCCAGACUGUGUAAGCCCAUUUUUGGCGGACGCGGCAAGUCCAAGGCGGCAGCGUCGGCCAAGGCAAAGCGAGAUAUCUUGGAUACGGGCAAGGUGGCGUUGAGCGCCAGGGACGUGGCGCCGUCGCCGGCCUCCUCCUCGCUGACCAGGCCGAAACCCCGCGAUCCGGAACGGGAGAAGAGAAGGAUCGCCCGGAAAAAAGAAAAACGAGCCACGCUCAUUCUGGGCCUGAUCAUGGGCUCGUUCAUUGCGUGCUGGCUGCCGUUCUUCUUCAUGUACGUGCUCACACCCCUGUGCAAGGUGUGCUACAUACCGCCACAGGCGCUCACCAUAGCCUUCUGGCUAGGCUACAUGAACUCGGCCAUCAACCCGGUCAUUUAUACGAUAUUCAACAAAGACUUUCGUCGUAGCUUCCGGCGAGUGCUAUUCAAAUAACGCGCCGUCGACAGCUCACUUCCAACCCCACCCGCUUGCCAUAUUUAUUUUUCCCGUUUGUCUGUUCUAUAGCUCUCUGUGUCCGCAAUGCUCAUUUGCGCCAUGCGUUCUUUAUUCCGGACAGUUGUAGCUGUUGGCAACACUACCCGCAAGUCUGAGUGGCCAAUCGAACGCGUACAUGGCGUACUAGACACACCGGAGAGCGUUAUAAAAAAAUUACAUUUGAUUUUUACCUUUGGACUCGAAAUACGAUAUAUUUUUAACGCUUUUUAUCAUGAUUUCCAAUUAUGAACCGUACGCAUUAAGCGCAACUACGAUCUUGCAUAAACGCUUACGUGCUGUCCACUACCAUAAACACUUAUGAAACAAAAUAGUCCAGUGUGCAAAACAUUACAGUUGUAGGCGCAUCGUGAAUAAAAUGUUUUUAGUAGUUAAAAAACAAUGUUAUUUACACUAUACUUUUAAGAACAUCGUAGGAAACCAUAAAUAUCGAUGAUACACCGCUUACAAAAUAGCAAUAAAAAGAGUAGACGCAUAAAAAAUACUGAAUUAAAUAAACAUUUUUUUUUUCGAGCACGUGUAAACCCUUGUAAGUCUCAUCAAAUGAUAACAGAAGUAAUUUAGAAACUUUCAAGUGCAGUCAUUUUCUCGUAAACUCAACUAAAUUGGUAUUAUUAUUAUUAUUAUUAUUAUUAGAAACAUUCUGUUACUCAAUUCACUUAAAUGUUUUAUUAUUCAACUACUCAGCGCUCAUUUAAAAAUUAUGAAAAUAUUUUCGACUAAUCUCACCGUUUGAAUAAACCUGAGUGCAUAAAGAUAACUGGCAAAUACAUAAAUUAUUCAAGAGUAAAUAAUGCGUUUAGUAAAUAUAAAUAUUAUAAUUUAAUAAUUUCACUAUAACGUGCUGCUACUUAAACUAAAGCAAUUUGUUUAAAAUUGAUAAUUAACAUAAUAAUCCUAAUUGUAUUUUUAUUUUGUUUGCCUUCAAACGGCUGUGAUUACAUUAUAUAUUUUACAAAAGUUUUUCUUGUUAUUUAUAAAAACAUGGAACCCAAUUUACUCGUUGAGCAAUAACGAAAACGUUGUCAUUAAAAUAAAUUAAUAAAAUAAUAUUACAUAGUUUUAGAGUUUAUUUUUAUAAACAAAACUGCUUUAAUGUUAAAAAUAUUGAUUCAACUAAUGGGCAAACUUACUUUUACGAGAAACUCUUUUCCAUUUUUUUUUU